GGCGGCGGCUCUUAGCCGGGUUUUGCCUCCGCGUCCCCGCCAGCCCCGAACCCGCGGGGGCAGACGGUCCGUCCGCGCGUGCGAGAGGAUGGUGAUCCGCGUGUUCAUUGCCUCCUCCUCGGGUUUCGUGGCGAUAAAGAAGAAACAGCAGGAUGUGGUUAGAUUUCUGGAAGCCAACAAGAUAGAGUUUGAGGAGGUGGAUAUCACAAUGUCAGAAGAACAAAGACAAUGGAUGUACAAAAACAUCCCCCCAGAAAAGAAGCCUGCUCAGGGCAAUCCUCUGCCACCUCAGAUAUUUAAUGGUGACCGAUACUGUGGAGAUUAUGACAGUUUUUUUGAAUCAAAGGAAAGCAACACAGUCUAUUCGUUCUUAGGCCUGAAAUCACGAUUGGCAUCAAAGACAGAAUCUUAGAGAAGACAAGUGGAAGAUGACGGAGAUGCAUUUUGGAGCACCCCCUGGUACUCAGCACACACCUGCUUACCUAAUGCAUCACUGUGACUAAAGCCACAUGCAUCAUCAGUAACUUUGCUUGCCAUGGAGAGGUGUUUUAGGAAGACAUGGGUAUAAUGGGGGAUUGCAUGAUUGCUUAAAACCAAAUCAGGACUGUGGUGGGUUUUUUGUUAUUUUCAGAAUUGCCUGCAGCUGCCUCAUUCACCUGGAGGUACUAGAUUUUACCUGUUACAGGUGUGCUUCCUUAAUGACUGAAAAAUAAGUGGGUGGGACCACUGGAGAGAAAAUGUUGGAUCUGCCCCGGGCUGUAUUUGAUGCCAGUAUUGCUCAGACUGGCCUCUCUUUAAGCUGCCUGGAUUGUAUCCUCGAAAUUAGUUUGCCAGGCUAUUAGAAAUCUUUUGAUCAGAAAGAAAGAUUUGCUGGUUGACAAAGAGCUGAAAAAUUUGCUGCAAAAUCACGAAUGUCACGAUUCUGGUGCUUUGUAAUAGCACCUAUAGAAAAAGUUAGAUGUUCUGGCCGCCUUUGGUGAUGGACACUCUUAUUUCCAUAAAUCCUCCAAAUUCCUACAAAUGUUUCCAAAAAUCACUGCUGCAACAAUGUGUGAUCGGGACCAAGUUACAGGGAUAAAAAUAGUUGCUAUUUUGUAAAAGAUAGGCUUCUUUAUCUCUUGCAAGAGAAAAAUUUCAUUUAAAUAUAUAAGACAGCUUAAAAGGUAUAUUUUAGAAGGUGUACAAAUUAAUUAGAUAGUAAAUUUAUAGGGAAAUUACCUGACUCCUAUCUGAAGGGAUUUUCAGCUCUAGCAACUUAUUUAUGCAUAAAUAGCAUAUUUUUAAAUGCAGCUUCCCUAACUAAUAGCUGCUUAUUCUAUUUUGUGAAUGGAUUAUAUUUUUUUGAGAAAAGGAAGAUCUUGGUUGGAUAUAUUUUGUGAACCCUUGAUGAGGUUUACUAAAAGAUACUAAUAUUGUGGUACAAUUUUUUUCCUGUGUUGCUUUUCAUUGAACCUCUAGCUUUGCUCACAUAUCUGACCAAUGUACGGUCCCAGAUUUUUCAGAGUAAUGUAGAUACAUGUUCUCAUUCCAUAUAUGGCUUCCAGUGGGCUUUCAGUGUAUAUGAGAAAGAGGCUGUCAGAGAGUAGCUCUGAAUUGUACGUGGCAUGUAAAAUCUCUACUCCCUUUGGAGUGGAUGCUGAACAUGUCUACUCCGUUAGGGCAGAGGCUGCUUUUCUCCAUCCUUAUCCCUGCUUACAGUCUUUAGAGUUUUUAAUUGUCAAACAUAAGCAGUCUUAAAUAGGAUAAAUUCCAAGAGGGCUGCCUAAAAUAUCCUGCUGUUCUAAGCAUCCCAAUGCAGGACUUGUUGGUCAGAUUCUGAGCAGGAUGUAAGAAAUUGAAAGAAUAGAAGAAAGCCCUGUCACAUGUGUUGCUUCAUCCUCCAACUAACUAAAUGUGGACUACUCUAAAGGACUUGUUGAAUGCUAAAGCUGAAAUCCCAGCCUGAGAUUUGCAGCCCAGGACUACAACCAGAAGAAAAGCAUGCCACAGAUUUCUACUUGACUAGAACAAAUACAUGAUCCACGAUUUUCUCUCCAAGGAAAGCUGUUGUGAAAUUAUGGGUAUUACUGUUUAGUUGGCAUUAUUAAACAAGUUCCAGGUCAUAUUCCGUUUGCUAAAUCCCAGGGACUAUCCAGGAAACUUUUUUUUUCAACUGGAUACUCUGUUUGAGUAAAUGAGUCUUCUGAUAAGACCUAGACUUUCAUUUUCAGAUAUCAACAAUUUUCAAAGUUUAAUGCUACAGUGAGCUAACUUACAUUAGUCUUCUCUUCCCAGUGAGUGCUAAGAACCAACUUGGUAAGACUGAGGGAAAUUCUGGGGUUGUGGGAUCAACAUGAUAUUUGCUAGACUAAGACAGCUACUCACGUUUGUUCAUCUUGAAACUUUUGAAUUACUGUGGUCACAGUAGGACCAGAAUGGCUCUCCCGAACGGACUAGAUGGAUGGAUAGUAGUGCUAAAUUGCUACCAGUUACACAUCAUCUAACGCUCACCCCGCCUUUUUUUUUUUUUUAAUCCGCACAGAACUAGGAGAGACCAGUCCUGGCUGGUAUUGUACUUGUAAUGAGUGAGGUAAAAGCACACGGUAUGGCAUUUACCGCAAUACUCGGGCUCUGCAGAGUAAUGACGUAUUGCCCUCUGGGACCACAUUGUAUUCAGAGAAUAUUGUUUCUUUACUUGUACUGUUUUACCAGCUAAAUUCCAAACAUGUAAUGAUUCUUGUUCCCUUCUUUAACUGCCUUUAGAUUUGAAUAUUCACAGUCUUGAAAACCUAGGAAAGAACUAGGUGGGAAUAUUGUAGACAUAGAUGUAGUAUCACAGGCAUUUCAAGACAGAAUUUUUAUUUCCUGUAGUAGGCUUAUUGGGACAAAGGAAAUGUGCUGCUAAAAAUAAAAUGCCAUUUUAAAAUUAGAUCAAAUACAGAGUGCCAUCCUGCUAGGUAUAUGCAGACCAAAAGAAAAUUUAGUUGGGAAAAUAAAUUCUUCCAAAUUCUGGUGUUCUAUUAAAAUCAAAGAGGAUAAAAGGAAGAUUUUUUUCUCUCAGGCUCUGAUACAUUUUAGAUUUGUUUCUGUUUUAUAGAUUCCUUCAAACACUAGAUGUUUUUAUAUUACAUGAAUUUAAUAAUGAACUAAACUUAUUUUUGUCCUCUGUUAUUUAAAGGUACCAAAGCCUCUUUCUGUUUUUUUAUUUUAAUUUGAUUUUGCUACAUAGCAUUUUGCUUUUUCUAGAAAUGCUUUUCAUUUAACAGCUUUUCUUAAGUGUCAGGGCCUACUUUGAUCUGCAUAAUUAUUGUUUUUAGAUUUCAAUGUGUAUGUGUUUGUCUGUAAAGGCAUUGGUGAAAUCUCAGAUUUUAUAUUCAGCAUUAAAAAGGAAUAAAUUCCAGGAAACAUG